AUGAGGCGGAGCGCAGACACACGCACACCGGACACCGAGCCGCCAGGAGCCGCCAGGAGCCGCCGCGUCCAGCGCCGCACGCCGGGAACCGAGCGCAGAGCCCGGCCGCCGAUCCGCACCGAGAGCCGCUCUCCACCGACAGGGGUGUGUCUUCAAGAUGGGAAGCACAAGGCGGCGCGCCCGGAGCCUCACCUGAGCGAGUGUGGGAUGUACGCCGACAACAGCUGCUGCUCUGAGGAGCACAUCCAGGACGUGUCCUACCUUCCCUCUGCCAGCAGCAAGAACGAGCCCUGGGACAAGUGUGGACCGCUGAGCGCCGAGUGUGAAGGCUUCCUGAAGAGGGUCUCCUGUUUCUACCGCUGCCCGGACGCCGCCCGCUGCCACCCCCAGCGCCGCUCCUACAUCCAGGCCGUGCCGCUGUGCCACAGCUUCUGCCGUGACUGGUUUGAUGCCUGCAGGAUGGACCUGACGUGCGCUCGUAACUGGGCCAGAGACCCCCGGGGACAGAACUACGGAACCUGUGUCCAGUACCAGCAGAUGUACCAGCACGGCAGGGACCUCUGCGAGAGCCUGUGGGGCGACGCCUUCAUGACGGUGGAGGACGAGGCGGAGGAGGUGGUGGUGGUGGAGGCCGGGGCCGGGGCCGGGGGCGAGGCCGGCCGGCCCUGCGGCUGCCUGACCCUCAGCCCCUCCGAUAAGGACGUGAUGGCCGCCCUGCGGGCCCAGCAGGACGACCCCGAGGAGCUGGACACCACCAAGGCCGGCCUGCCUCAGUACCGAGCGCCCUGCCAGGCCAAGCUGCCGGCGCCCGCCAAGAGCGGCAGGAAGGGGAACUCGGUGCUGCGGAAGCGCUCGGUGGAGGUGGAGGACGUGGAGGGCAGCGGGAGCGGACUGUAGCCGGCAGCCGGUAACACGUUUAGAGAUAACCGUCUAGUCCUAAUAGAGAUCCU